UUACCGACUUCCUGAACGAGGCACAACGUGGUUUUAGGAGAGAGCGCGCGACGCUAGCAGUACGUAGUAGAAUAUAUAGAUAUAUUUGUUUUAGCAAUCUUAUAUUUAAUCAUGACAGAAGGUAAGUCAUCAGAGAAGCCGGCGAAAAGCCUGCUGUCUUUGAAUCCGAAGGAGGAAGCAGAGUUUCGGAAGAAGGUUCAGCAAGUAAAGAAUCGUCCUAAAUCGGGUCAGUCGCUUUCUUCUGGAGUGCUCUAUGUUGGACAUCUGCCUCGAGGAUUGUUUGAACCUCAGUUGAAAUCUUACUUUCAACAGUUUGGCAAAGUCACUCGAAUAAGAGUUUCUAGGAGUAAAAAGACUGGAAGGAGCAAAGGCUAUGGAUUUGUGGAGUUUGAGUGUGAUGAGGUGGCUAAGAUUGUGGCUGAGACCAUGAACAACUACCUUAUCGGAGAACGGCUAAUAAAGUGCCAAGUGAUGCCACCUGAGAAGGUCCAUGAAAAGCUGUUUCUAGGUUCCAAGUUAGGCUUCAAGAGACCAAAGCAGCCUGCAGUUACUCGUUACAACAAAAAGCAUGCGGAAGAAGAUCAGAAGAAAGUUGCUUCAAAGCUUUUAAGCAAAGAGUCUAAGCUUCGCAAGAGAUUGGCGGCAAAGGGCAUUGACUAUGAUUUUCCAGGAUUUGCAGCUCAGAUUCCAGUCAAGAAAUCCCAAUUAGAAGCCAAUGUUUCAGUAUGUAGUGAGGAUGUCACUCCAGUGUGCACCCCAUCAGUUUUGGAGAGGAGGAAGUCGAUGAGAGUUGAGGAUGAGGUUGAUGUUGAUGAUGAAAUAGUCAUCAAAGCCAAAUCUGCUACAGAAACCAGCGAGGAUGUGGAAGAUAGCAAUGAAGAGUCUGAUGAGGAGGAAGUUGAGGAGAAUACGACAUAAAAGGAGAAUUCAAUGACUAAUAAAAAGACUUCAUUCCCUGGUUUAGAUGGGACACUGGACUCACUGUUUGAGCCAUUUGUAUGUGAUUAGGUCAGUCCUCCCCUGUGGCUGGAGAAGAGGAUCACACACACACACUAUCCUGAUUAUCAGGCAUCUGGUUGGAGGUGUGUUUUAUGCAGAUGUACAGAUUACCUUUGCAGGGUACAAUGUGGUUUCCCAGAAGUUGCCAAAGUCUGAUUAACUACGUAAUAAUAAAUAAAAUAUGCAAUGUUCGUUUUAAAAUGAAGCGGUAAAAUGGAUGUCAUCGUAUUUGGCGUUGUGUAUUCUGUCCAGUACUAUCUUCAGACAUAUAGGUAAAACGUGCUUAACCUGCAAAAGGGGAUCAAAUAAAGCUCUUUUAUUGCAUUUGAAAGAUAUUUUGAUGAAAAAGUUUUUGUAUAAAUUGUCACUAUUGAGGUUGCUUACGUUUAAGGGGUAUCAUGAAAUAAAUGGAAUCAAUGGAAUGCCUUUCAGUAUAACCACUA